AUUUAAAAACGAGUUAUACGAAGCAGUCGUGUUACAACAACACACAGAUGAAUUUGUCAUGUCUGUAAAACACGUCUGAAACCUGACCUGUCUUACGAAUAACCGGAGGGUAUGUGCAUUCAUCAUCAUGUGACUACGCGACGUCGCCUGGGACAAGACGAACACGCACGAAGUACCUCCGCCUCCACGAUCCGCUAGCAGUACACCAUCAACAAAGUCGUGUUGUGUGAAAGUAUGUGGGAAAACCUAAACUUGUUGUUUCUGGUCAGCCUGGUCGGGGUGAGUUGUUAUAAGGUGUCGCUAACGAAACAGUCCACCCUGUACAUACCGUCCUCCUAUGGAAUAGAUGGAGCUGCUCUCUACACACUCUUCAGUGGUCUUGAGCAGAUGGCGUUUGACUCUGACAACAGGCUUGUCUACAUGGCCGGCGGGACACUGCUCCAUGCCAUCGAUGUGUCUGACCCAGACAACAUGACAAUCGUAGCCCACGUGGAGAUGGCAGGAGUUGACUUCACGGACGUGGAGGUCUGUGGGGGUCACGUGUUCACGGCAAUUGACGACAAGGCAAACAGAACCAAUGGCCGGGUCAUCAUCUAUUCCGCCUACAACGCCACAUCAAUGUCGAUACCAGAGGUUCUCCAGAUUCCAGUGGGUGCUGUCCCCGACAUGAUAAAGCCUACCAAGGACUGCUCCCAGCUGAUCGUGGCGGUGGAGGGGGAGGCGUACGAGAACCCCCCAAACCAGAUCACUGAUCCACAGGGUCUCGUCGUCAUCAUCAACUUCCCCAACACCAUCAACAGCAGCUACACCAAGACAUCGCUGGAUUUCACAAAAUUUAAUGACAGAGUGACAGAGCUCCGUCCGUCCGGCGUCCGUCACGUGUAUCAGGAGAACGGCAACCCCUUCUCCAACGACGUGGAACCUGAGUACGUGGCCCUUAACGCUGACGAGACCAUAGCAUACGUCGUUCUGCAGGAAAACAACGCAGUGGCAACAGUGGAUCUCGUCAACCAAAACAUCACAGGCGUGCAUGGACUCGGCUUCAAGGACUGGAGCAAGCUCACGCUUGACCCCUCUGACAAAGACCGAGGUGCGUUCCAAUACCCCUACUCUGUAAUGGGUAUGUACCUGACCGACUCAGCAGUGUACUUCCGCUUCAAGGGCGUUGAUUAUCUUCUGAUGGCAAACGAAGGGGACGCAAAGGAUUAUAAAUUUGGUACCUACAAGUGGAGCGAGGAAGAGAAAGCUGGCAAGCUCAGCGAAAGCAUACUGCCUACCCUGGAUGCCACCACAAGGGAUCAGCUGACACGUGACACUCUCUUAGGUCGUUUGACGGUGUCCGUAUCGCCCGCCGGUAAAAACUCGUCCGGGAAUCUUGAAGCUCUCUACGCCUACGGUGGGCGGAGUUUCUCCAUCAGGCGAACAGAUGAUAUGUCUUUGGUGUAUGACAGCGGCGAUGACCUUGCAAGAAGACUUUACGUCAAUAACAAGGACCUGUUCAAUGGCCAUUUAGGAGAUGUAUCUCACAGACCAUUUGAAGACUUUGACCUACGAUCUAGAAGCAAAGGAAUGGAGACAGAGGCAGUCGAGACGGGGGAGGUAGAGGGAAGGACGCUGCUGUUCGUGGCCAACGAGCGUCCCGGCACCAUUUUCGUCUACUCAUUAGACACCGACGUGAUGAAACCAGAGUUUCACGACAUCUACAGCGGCAUCCCAGAUACAAGGACAAGGUCCUGGCAAGAAAUGUACGAUGAUCGCCAGCUCUCUGAGAUUGACUGUGAAGACAUCAAGUUUGUGGCCGGUGACAAAAGUCCAACAGGCAAGCCAGUUCUGUUCGUCACUGGAUCCGUCACCGGAACUCUCUCUAUCAUCAACGUAGACGUAACGAACCCACCACCAAAACCAGCCAAGCCGUCGUCUUCCGCUGCCAGCCUCACACGUGAAUUGACGUUUGCUGUGGUUACAGCGACAGUUGUCUACCUUUGUGGAAGGAUGUGACCUUGAACUGAUGCAAAACGCAAUAUUAUUUCCGCCCUUCGUGGAUAACGAUCUAGAUGCAUUGAGAUGCAUUAUCACCAGUAAUUUACCAGUCAGGACAAUAUUUAUACAAAUUCAAAACUCGAUUUCAUCACUUGAAUAACAAGAAUGAGAUUCGUCAAGUUUUAAGAAACGGGUGUAAUUUUUAAUGAAAGCGGCAUUUUCGUUUUCAAGAGAGUUGAACCGGUAACAUGUAUACUUUAAUGUCGAUAUGAAACAGUUACCAACUGUGGAUAAGUAUGAUGUUAUACGUGGAAAUCGUGUGUGUAUAUUUAUAUCGUAUCUCUCACAAAAAGUACAAGCAAAUCAAGCAUCUUUAGCAAAAUACAUGACGCUAUAGAACACGUGGUACGUGACACUUUAGGACGUAUUGUACAUGACACUAUAGAACACGUGGUACGUGACACUUUAGGACGUAUUGUACAUGACACUAUAGAACACGUGGUACGUGACACUUUAUAAUUAGCACGUAUUGUACAUGACACUAUAGCACACGUGGUACGUGACACUUUAGCACGUAUUGUACAUGGCACUAUAGCACACUUGGUACGUGACACUUGAGCACAUAUUGUACGUGGCUAUAUAGAACAAAUGGUACGUGACACUUAAGGACGUAUUGUACAUGACACUAUAGAACACGUGGUACGUGACACUUAAGGACGUUUUGUUCAUGACAAUAGAGAACACGUGGUACGUGAUACUUUAGCACAUAUUGUACGUGGCUCUAUAGAACACUUUAGCACAAGGAUGGAAAGGGUACAGAGAAAUGUGUGCAACACUGUCAUUAAAUUAGGGUAAAGCUACAAGUAUAGUAUUUAUUCCUUGAGGUUCUUUGCAAAGGUGUGGAUAAAUGAUAUCCAUGUUUCAUAUUUCUUGUUUCAUAUUUCAUUCUUUUACUGCUUCAUGUUUUGUAAGAUUGGGAUUCAUACAGGGAAGCCAUCGAACGCUUAUUUCAUUACUCGAUUGACAGCAGCAGGCUUGGUGUAACAAAUGCACUGGAUACUUCCAUGUCUGGUAUAAAUGGCGCUUUGUUUUGCGAGAUACUUUCAAUACCGAUGAAAGAUACGAUUCCACUUGGGCGUAUGUUGACCCUGUGUUAGCUGGGUGUUGCCACCGGUGGGGCAGAAUACGCUCACCUUUCCGCGGGGGCGGUCGGGUAGCCUAGUGGUUAAAGCGUUCGCUCAUCACGCCGAAGACCCGGGUUAGAUACCCGACAUGGGUACAAUGUGUGAA